GAGGAAGUGGAAGACAUGAAAAAUGUGGUGCUAAGAGUGUCAAGGCUUGACAAGAAAGGAACUGGGUAUCAGAGCUGCUUCCUCUGCGGAAGGGGGCUCAGCGGCACAGCAAAGGCAGGAAAGGACCACAGAGGGGCUGGACGGAAAGCAACACAUAUCUGAGCGCUGGAUUGGAAGUCAGAAGACCUGGGACCCAAUCCCAGCUUUACCACUGACUAACUGCAUGGCUUUGGACGAGCAGCCGCACCUUUUUGGGUUUCUCUAUUUCCUCUUCUACAAAGUGGCCCAGCCUACAUCCUCACCAUGAACUCCUCAAGCUAUCAAAAAUGGGAAGACCACGACCAUCCUGAUUUGGGCCAGUCUCAGCUAGGUGGGAGCUCGCAGGGCACAGGCUAUUGGAGGAAACUGUUUCCCAGAGAUCUGCACUCAAAAUCUGUCUCCUUGAUGCUAGCUGUGAUUCUACUGCUGUGGAUUCUCCUCAUUGUGGUGCUGGUCAAGGGCUCAAAGACCUCCCAGGAGCUGAGUCAGCUAAAAGAGGAAGUGAGAACCAAUGCUUCUAUCUGGAAGAAGGAUGUGGGGGAGCUAAGAGAGGACGUAGCCGCUGCCAGGAGAAAUGCCUCUGCCUUAUGGACUGACUUGGGGAACUGGGAGAAUAAAGUGAGUGAAUCCCACGGCCGACUGCUCAAGCUGGAAAGUGAACACAAUGAGUUCAGCACCAAGAUGACUCAGGCCCUGGCAGAGGCUGGGAAGGACCGACAAGACAUUCGCAGCGAGAUGUUCCGGGCUGUGGCUGCUGUGAGAAGUGGGAACAGUUCCUGCUCCCCAUGCCCUGAUUCCUGGCUGGCCUUUGAGGGUUCUUGCUACUUCUUCUCCACCACCAAAGUUCACUGGGAUCAGUCACAGCAGAACUGUGCCCAGGCGCAGGCACACCUGGUUAUUGUGAACAGCCUUGAGGAGCAGACCUUCCUGACCCGGAACACCAAAGGCUUGGGUUACUGGAUUGGACUCACAGCAACUCGUGCCAGAGGAAAGGUUAAUGGGUACAUGUGGAUCGAUGGUACCAAACUCACUUUCAGCUACUGGAAUGAAGGGGAGCCCAAUGAUUCAAGAAGGAAUGAGAACUGCAUCAUGAUGCUUUACUCGGGUCGAUGGAAUGAUGCACCCUGUAACAACCUCAAUGACAACUGGAUCUGUGAGAAGAGGCAGCAGUGUUGAGGUGAAACCUACUGCCCAACCCUGUUCUGGGACAAUAAAAAUUUUUCUCUUCCCCCC